CACCAGCAAGAACUCAGCCCCCCCCCACCCCCCACACAGAUUUCCUGUGUGGUUUCAGCUGCCCAGAGAGUGUCAUGGACCUGGGGAAACCAAUGAAAAGCGUGCUGGUGGUGGCUCUCCUGGUCGUUUUCCAGGUGUGCCUGUGCCAAGAUGAGGUCACAGACGAUUACAUCGGAGACAACACCACAGUGGACUACACCUUGUAUGAGUCUGUGUGCUUCAAGAAGGAUGUACGGAACUUUAAGGCUUGGUUCCUCCCAGUCAUGUACUCAGUCAUUUGCUUUGUGGGUCUGCUGGGCAAUGGGCUGGUCAUGUUGACUUACAUCUAUUUCAAGAGGCUCAAGACUAUGACAGAUACCUACCUGCUCAACCUGGCCAUGGCAGACAUCCUCUUUCUCCUGACCCUUCCCUUCUGGGCAUACAGCGCAGCCAAGUCCUGGGACUUUGGUGUCCACUUUUGCAAGUUCAUCUUUGGCACGUACAAGGUAAGCUUCUUCAGCGGCAUGCUCCUCCUUCUUUGCAUCAGCAUCGACCGCUAUGUCGCCAUCGUGCAGGCUGUCUCAGCCCACCGCCACCGUGCCCGCGUCCUGCUCAUCAGCAAGCUCUCCUGUGUGGGCAUCUGGAUACUUGCUGUGGUCCUCUCCAUCCCAGAGCUGCUGUACAGCGGCAUCCAGAAGAGCAGCAGCGAGCAGGCAUUGCGAUGCUCCCUCAUUACUGAGCACGUGGAGGCCUUGAUCACCAUCCAGGUGGCCCAGAUGGUGGUAGGCUUCCUAAUCCCCCUCAUGGCCAUGAGCUUCUGCUACCUUGUCAUCAUCCGCACCCUGCUCCAGGCACGCAACUUUGAGCGCAAUAAGGCCAUCAAGGUGAUCAUCGCUGUGGUCGUGGUCUUCAUAGUCUUCCAGCUGCCCUACAAUGGGGUGGUCCUGGCCCAGACUGUGGCCAACUUCAAUUUCACGAGCAGCAGCUGUGAGCUCAGCAAGCAGCUCAACAUCGCCUACGAUGUCACCUAUAGCCUGGCCUGUGUCCGCUGCUGUGUCAACCCUUUCUUGUACGCCUUUAUCGGUGUCAAGUUCCGCAGCGACCUCUUCAAGCUCUUCAAGGACUUGGGAUGCCUCAGCCAGGAAAGGCUUCGGCAGUGGUCUUCCUGUCGGCACAGCCGGCGUUCCUCUAUGAGUGCAGAUGUUGAGACUACCACCACCUUCUCCCCAUAGGAGGCACCACUGCCUGGACUAGAGAGACUUCUCCCAAGGCCCCUGUGGCGGGGACAGGGAGCAGUUGCAAUGACUCAGAAUCCAAAAGCUGCUGAGGGAAAGACAGUUGUUGCCAUUAAUGUUUAUCUCAGAGAGAAAACCUGUGCCUCAGAAGCCAGCUUCACCCCAAUCCUGGCUACCUCAACCAAGGCUGAGAAAAAACAUGGCUGAUAAGCCAACACCAGAACCGGCAACACUCCAAAACCAAGGCUGUUGUCUCCCCAAACCAGAAACAAAAAGUGAAAGAAACGAUUCACAAGUGUCCUGGUGUGAAGGAGAAGGGGGUGACGAGAGAUAGGGUAGUGGAGGUAGGCUGGCGAGUCCUCUGAAUGAACCUUCUUCUGACCUAGAAAAAAGUCCCCCCAGAGAUUCCAAGAGCGGAGGCAAGUCUUUCAGAAAACAAGACUUUGUCUCCAAGACCAGAGAUGGGGGAAAGACUCUGCCUUAUGGCGGAAAGAGGAAGUCAAUGGGUCAAACUAACUCUCUCUGAAUCCCUCCUUCCAUCUCUCCUUUUCCACUGUCAUCAAAGCAAGCAAGAAAUGGCAGCCUCCAAGCCUCCUUAAAGACACACUUGCCCCCUCGCCUGCCCCUCUCCUCAGGCUGGUCACCUCCCCAGCUCUCUACAGGGGAGGGUAUGGUGUUUCCUGCAGACUCACUGCCUGGGCCUGGCCAAAGCUACAUCUUCCCAGCCCAGGCUCUGGCAUGGGAAUGAGAUGUGGUCACCCCUACUCAGGUCUGGGCUCUGCUGGGAUGGUGGAGAGGGCAGGGGGAAAGGUUAGGAGAAAGGGGUGGUUACAGUGCUGGCUGCUGAAAGCCAAUGAGCUUCAUCUUUGUUCUUUGCCAUGGGGACAGAAAAGCUUGCAUCAGUUCUGCUUUCAAUUCAUUAAAGGAGCACAUUUUAUUCAAACACACAAGUUUUCCCUUGAGGAAAAAACAGCUUUAAAAGAGAAGAAAAAAAAAAAAACUUUCAUAAAUGGUAAACGAGUGUGUUCUUGUUUUACAA